GCGGACCCUAUGACGCCGACUGACAGCUCAUAGCCUAUUUAUUUUUAAUUUAAGACAUGUUUUACCGUAGGCUAAACUGGCAUGCAUACCUUUAAAAAAAAAAAAAGAUUGAUUGCCAAUACUCACUGGUUUUAAAGAGGUAAUUUAGGGAUCAAUUCCAUACAUUAGACCUAUUUAUUAUGCGCAGUGAUAUUCCACGGCAGGUUCACAUAUCAAAUUCAAUUUAUUUAUAAAGCCCUUCUUACAUCAGCUGAUAUCUCAAAGUGCUGUGCAGAAGCCCAUCCUAAAACCCCAAACAGCAAGCAAUGCAGGUGUAGAAGCACGGUAGAUACAACAUCCAAAUGCUUUAUUGCGUUACACACACCAUCAGCAGCUAUGCCUUGCAACAUGUCAAGGCGUUGCAGAAAGAGGAAGAUCAAGUGAGCUACACGACACACACAGCCAAGUGCUAACAAGUUCCCACAAGGGUCUCGCGGAGAGGUUGCAGUCGCCAGGGUCAUCAUGAAGGACCAAAGCUGUACUGAUGAAAUUACACAAAUCUUCCAAGAGGCUCCGCCGGCGAGACAAGCCCUGUUGGACAACUACAACAACCUGAUGAACGUGGCCGAAUACUGCGAGAAUAACUACCUGCAGGCAGGUGCAGAUGCGGCCAAGGCCCUGGAGGAGACUAAGAACUUCACUACCCAGUCUCUGGCCAGUGUGGCCUACCAGAUCAGCACCCUGGCCUCCAACGUCCUCAAGCUGCUGGAUGCACAGAACUCCCAGCUCAGACACAUGGAGUCCUCUGUCAACCUCAUCGGACAGACAGUGGACAUGCACAGAGAGAAGGUGGCCCGGAGAGAGAUAGGGGCUUUCACCACAGCCAAGAGGGUUCCCCGCAGUCACAAAAUAAUCCCCCCGGCAACAGGCAAGGAGCCCAAACCCAAGUACACCCGUAGUCCCAUCACCUACUCGGACCUGGACACACAGGGACAUGGCAUGAAGGAUUCUGGUAAGCUGCUGGGGAAAGCCGGGUCAACACGCAAACAUGGCGGCACCAUCAGCAGGAGCACUUCCAGAGCACCCCCAGAGCCUGUCCAGUGUCCCAUAGCCCCCUCUCUGUCUCGAGGGGCGUCCCUCACCUCUCUCCAUGAUCGCUCCAUUGGGUCCAGCUUCGGCAAGGCCGUGCCUCCCCCCGUGGUCCCCAGCUGGCCCGCGUCACCUAACUCUGACAUCAUCACCACCCUGCUGGAGGAGGCCCCGCCCCCACCACCGCCCCUGUCUCUUAUGGAGGAUGGUGACGCCGCCAUGCCCGCUCCGGCCCCUCCUCCUCCUCCCAUGGCGCCUCCUGCCUCCUCUCUGGAUGUCCCUCCUCCCCCUCCACUGCCCCCCACAACCAGCACCCCUGAACCUGCCCAUACCAGCCUAGCCUGCAUCCCCCCUCCCCCUGCCCCACCCCCACUGGAUACUGUGGCCGAAGAGAACGGCUUCCCGCCCCCUAUGCCACCACCAUCUGACGAGCCUCUCCCUCCACCAACCAGCGGGGCCCUGGAGUUCCCUGGCCCUCCCCCUCCACCGAGUGAUGAGGUGGAUGAAGCUCUGCAGCCCAGGCGGUCUUGUGUACGUCGUAACGCCCCCAGCUCGCGCUCCAUGUCCCUCAGGGUCCGCAAAGGCCCUCGCUCUCGCUCGCUCUACACUCGCUCGCUCUUCCUGCCAACCAUCCAAUCACUCAUGAUCCCCCCUCCCCCUUCAUACCCCCCUCCCCUCGCCCCUCCCGUGUCGCUGAGCCCCCUGUCCAGCCUGCCCGCCCGCCUGGAUCACCUGGGUAAGUGGGGACUGUGUGAGACCGCAGUACACCCUCCAGGCCAUGGAGAGGGGGGCGUGAGAGGGUGACUUCUGUCCAAAGGACUGCAUCACUGCUUCUGCUUCUGCUGCUAUUGCUGUUGAGUCUACUGUGUCGGAAGGUAAAGCCAUGGACAGAUUCUGUCCCGUAAAAGUCCGUCAGACACCGGGUUGGUAACGUCUUUGUCUUUUCCUUGAUAGAUAUGAUGUCUUGUGUUUUUCAAUAUAACAGAUAACACCUUAUGUGGAGAAAAGAGUUACAAAGAAGCUCGGUACUGUAAAUUGAUUUAAAGAGUCAUCGGAACAAGUUAUGCAGUAUAGCUACAGUUUUGAUACACUUUGGAACGUAUGCUGAAUUACUUGUAUGGCAAGUGGUGCAGCCUAUCAUCAGUUUGGGUUUACAGUUGAAGACGGAAGUUUACAUACACUUGACACAAGUCAUUGACACAAGUCAUUUUUCCAACAAUUGUUUACAGACAGAUUAUUUCACUUAUACUUCCAGUGGGUCAGAAGUUUACAUACCCUAAAUUGACGGUGUCUUUAAACAGCUUGGAAAAUUCAAGAAAAUUAUGUCAUGGCUUUAGAAGCUUUUGAUAGGCUAAUUGACAGCAUUUGAGUCAAUUGGAGGUGUACCUGUGGAUGUCUUUCAAGGCCUACCUUCAAACUCAGUGCCUCUUUGCUUGACAUCAUGGGGAAAUCAAACGAAAUCAGCCAAGACCUCAGUUAAAGAAAAUUGUAGACCUCCACAAGUCUGGUUCAUCCUUGGGAGCAAUUUCCAAACGCCUGAAGGUAUCACGUUCAUCUGUACAAACAAUAGUACGCAAGUAUAAACACCUUGGGACUACGCAGCCGUCAUACCGCUCAGGAAGGAGACGUGUUCUGUCUCCUAGAGAUGAACAUACUUUGGUGCGAAAAGUGUACAUGCAGCAAAGGACCUUGUGAAUAUGCUGGAGGAAACAGGUACAAAGUAUCUAUAUCCACAGUAAAACGAGUCCUAUAUCGACAUAACCUGAAAGGCCGCUCAGCAAGGAAGAAGCCACUGCUCCAAAACCGCCAUAAAAAAGCCACACUACGGUUUGCAACUGCACAUGGGGACAACGAUCGUACUUUUUGGAGAAACGUCCUCUGGUCUGAUGAAACUAAAAUAGAACUGUUUGGCCAUAAUGACCAUUGCUAUUUUUGGAGGAAAAAGGGGGAGGCAGAACACCAUCCCAACCAUGAAGCACGGGGGUGAUAGCAUGAUGUUGUGGGGGUGCUUUGCUGCAGGAGGGACUGGUGCAGUUCACAAAAUAGAUGGCAUCACGAGGCAGGAAAAUUAUCUGGAUAUAUUGAAGCAACAUCUCAAGACAUCAGUCAGGAAGGUAAAGCUUGGUCACAAAUGGGUCUUCUAAAUGGACAAUGACCACAAGCAUACUUCCAAAGUUGUGUCAAAAUGGCUUAAGGACAACAAAGUCAAGGUAUUGGAGUGGCCAAAGCCCUGACCUCAAUCCCAUAGAAAAUUUAUGGGCAGACCUGAAAAGGUGUGUUCGAGCAAGGAGGCCUACAAACCUGACUCAGUUACACCAGCUUUGUCAGGGGGAAUGGGCCAAAAUUCACCAAACUUAUUGUGGAAACUUGUGGAAUGCUACCCGAAACGUUUGACCCAAGUUAAACAAUUUGAAGGCAAUGCUACCAAAUCCUAAUUGAGUGUAUGUAAACUUCUGACCCACUGGGAAUGUGAUGAAAGAAAUAAAAGCUGAAAUAAAUUAUUCUCUCUACUAUUAUUCUGGCAUUUCACAUUCUUAAAAUAAAGUGGGGAUCCUAACUGACCUAAGACAGGGGAUUUUUACUAGGAUUAGGAAUUGUGAAAAACAGAGUUUAAAUGUAUUUGGCUAUGGUGUAUGUAAACUUCCGACUUCAACUGUAUAUGACUUUUGUCCAAUCCUGUAGAUCUGGUGAUCCCAGCCCCUCCUCCUCCACCUUUUACCGACAGCGUGGUGGGCUUUGAUGACGACAUGUCACCCCUACCUCCCCCUGCGG